GGUGGAUGGGCCGUUAUUGAAGAUGCAUUUGGUGAUGAGGGGGGCAUGUGAAGCCAAGUGUUGGGACAGAAAAGCUUCUCGCUGAGUCCAAAGUUGUGCAGUCUUUUUGUAAACAUGAUCUCCGUAUCUUGCAUUUUGGCGCUCGGGUUGUUUUCGUCUGCGGUGGGCACGGACUUCUACGAGGGAGAAGACUUCUCAGAUUUGAAGAGGCUGCAGAGGGAGUUUGGCAGUUACGAGGAGCGACAUAGUUUAGUAAAGUCGGAGCUCUCGAAACGCAGCGCAGGACUGAAUGAACAGACAUGUACACCUCUGCCUGGAGUAGAGUCAACCCUGCAAAACAGCACCCAUUCUUUCACCUUCAAAGUAAGGACCAUGGGUUCACUGUCACUGGCCUGGGUGGGAGAUGGAUCCGGGGUGCUGCUGGUAUUGACAACAUUUCAGGUGCCGUCGUUCAUGAUGCGUUUUGGCCAGUCUAACCUCUACAGGAGUGAAGACUAUGGCAAGACGUUUAAAGAUGUGACUCACCUGAUCAACCACACCUUCAUCCAGAGUGAGUUUGGCAUCGCCAUCAGUCCCGACCACUCUGGCAAGGUGAUGCUCACUGCUGAUGUGUCAGAAAUCAGGAGGUUUAAACUGUUUCGCUCGCAGGACUUUGGCAUGACCUUUGUUCCAACCGACCUGCCGUUUGAGCCCCUCAUUCAGAUGCUGUACAACCCUGGAGACUGCAAAGUACUGCUGACGCUCAGUAUCACGUUGGACCUGUGGCUGACUGAGGACUUUGGUGCCACCUGGAGGAAGAUCCAUGACAAUGUUUGUUUGGUCAGAUGGGGUCCAAAAGACAGUAUCUACUUCACAACAAACUACAAUGGCUCAUGCAAUGAUAAAGGAAUGUUGGAGUUAAGGAAGACAGCAGACUAUGGUCGAAGUUUCCAGACCAUCGCAACAAGAGUUUACUCCUUUGUACUGGGAGGGCGCUUUGUUUUUGCCUCCAUCAUGACUGGCACGGGUACAGAGCGUGUGAUCCACGUGUCAGUGGACGGAGGUGAGGUGUGGAACAUAGCUCAGCUUCCUCCAGUCAACCACGAGCAGUUCUACUCCAUAUUGGCAGCCAAUCAGGACAUGAUAUUCAUGCACGUGGACAACCCUGGAGACUCCGGUGCUGGAACCAUCUAUGUGUCAGAUGACAGAGGAGCCGUGUUCUCCAAGUCUCUGGAGCGCCAUCUUUACACGACCACAGGAAGCGACACUGACUUCACUGCCAUUACUUCACUCAGAGGUGUCUACAUGACCAGCGUACUCACACAGGAUGGUGCAGCGGAGACAGUGAUCACCUUUGACCAAGGAGCAAAAUGGCAGACGCUGCACAGACCACAGAACAGCCACUGUGACACUGAGACCUCUACCAACAGGCCUAACAGAUGCAGACUUCACAUUCACGCCUCCUACAGCACCACCAUGAAGAUGAACGUCCCCAUGCUGCCUCUUUCACAGCCCAGUGCUGUGGGCCUCAUUCUGGCUCAUGGUAGCGUCGGAGACGCAGAGUCAGCUCUGUCCCCUGAUGUGUACGUGUCUGAUGACGGGGGCUACUCGUGGCUGUUGGCUCUCAGGGGCCCCCAUCAUUAUACUAUACUGGACUCUGGUGGGCUGCUGGUGGCUGCGGAGCACACCAACUCACCUGUCAACCAGAUCAAGUUUUCAACAGAUGAGGGGCAGUGCUGGCAUACAUAUAACUUCACCGACGACCCCCUUCACUUAAGCGGUAUGGACAGUGAGCCCGGCUCUCGCUCCAUGAACAUCAGCUUGUGGGGCUACAGGAACGACUUCAGUAAAUGGGUUGUGAUCACCAUAGACUUCAGGAAGCUCCUCACCAGAGACUGUACUGAAGGGGACUAUGUACAGUGGCUGUCUCACUCUGCAGACCCCAGUGGAACUAAUGAUGGCUGUGUGCUGGGCUAUAAAGAGACCUUCUUACGCCUGAGGAAAGACUCUGUCUGCUGGAACGGGAGGGACUUUGCUGUCACCAAGAAGCUGUCCCCCUGUCUAUGUACAGUUGAUGAUUAUCACUGUGACUUUGGAUAUUACCGGCCAGAGAAUAGCUCAGAGUGUGUGGAGCAGAAGGAGAUGAAGGGUCAUCCUCUGGAGUUCUGUUUAAAUGGGACCACCGAACAGCUACAGACCAGCGGCUACCGGAAGAUUCCAGGAGACCAGUGCGAGGGAGGUUUUCAGCCAGACAGGAAGGAGACAGACCUGAGGCGGAUGUGCACCAGCAACGCCCUUCAUCCAAAUUCUCUGACUGAAAACAGUUCACCGAACACGGCUGUCAUAGUGAUGGUUGUCAUAGCGAUCCUUCUGACGAGCGCUGUUGCAGGCGUUUGGCUGGUAAAGAAAUAUGUCUGCGGAGGACGGUUCCUUGUGCACCGAUACUCUGUUAUGAGGGAACACGUUGAGGCUGUUAAAAUAGAAGGAGUCGAUGAUCUUGACCCUCACUACAUGGAGACAGGAAAAGCACAGUACAACGAAGACUCAGAUCAGGACCUCUUAGAAUAAGUUGGACAUUUCUCCUCAUCAAAGGCUCAUCAAGCCCAAAUUUAACGGUCUUUCACGAUGCCUGGGCACUCCUGUUGCUCCCACAUGCCGAUUAACAUCUGCUUCUCUCUUCUUGCUAUCCCCUGGUGGCUGGAGGACUCAGCAGCAACUUACAUUGCUUCAUGUACCAGUUGAGUCUACCACAAAAAGGCGAACCGGCGGUUUUGGGAGGGGGACAAACCCAGCGCAGAACAGAAGAAAGUCUCUGGGGUUCCUGGAGAGCUUUUGUUGUUUCUGUCACAAAGAGUU